AUGAGUAAAAGAGUCAGAGAAGAAAAAGAGGAAGAAGAGCAAUCAACUAAUAGCAGAAUAACCGGAGAUCAAUCAAUACUCUGCAAUUAUCACCCAUGCUUUAAUCAGGCAUUUGAAGAUUAUCAACAAUAUCAUUUACAUGUUGUUUCCAUUCAUGAACAUACAUGUGAGUCAUGCCUAAAAGUAUUUCCCAAUAAGAGUUUUCUUUCAUUACAUAUAGAUGAGAACCAUAACCCACUACUACAAAUAAAGCAGGAAAGAGGUGAUAAAAUAUUCAAAUGUUAUACGGAGUCAUGUAAGGCAGUUUUUUCAAACCCCAAAGAAAGGAAACACCAUUUAAUUGAAAUACACAAUUAUCCCAUUGAUUAUCCCUUUAAUAUAGUAAAUGAUGGAAUAUAA